AGCCGCUCGUCGAUCGUACCUUAUUCUCCCUCCUUAUUACUCCCUCCUGAUUUCUUCCAUGCAACGCCCUUGCUUGGCCAUUCGCAAGGAGCAACCUACGGACCAGCAUUAUCUUCCCUCACUCGCUCCGACUCUCUGAGAGGUCUUCUGCGAGCCGUGACAUCAGUGGCCUGCUCCCUUUUCCGACUGGCAUGGCGGUUACGGUUUGCGCACACACCCACGCACAAUCCUAGAGCUUAGUACAAUGUCUCGAGUGACGUUCUCCGCAGACAGGCACGCUUCAAGCAGCCAUCCGCCGCGGGACUCGCUGGAGCUGGCCUCGCUAGCGUCGUCCUCGUCCCCUGACUCGGCUGGGCGGUUGUCAAUAGACUCGUCUCGAUCGGGGAUAUCGUCGUCACGCAAACUAUCGCUCGAAGCAGAUGAUCCUCUAUCCGAAAUCAAUGGGCUAGACGCGAGUCGCCCGCGAAAUGCUCGCUCCUACUCAGUUUCUUCGGUAUUCGAUUUUGGGAGUAAUCUGUUCCCGCUCUCACAAACCGCUGGCGGUUAUGCGCCGCUCGGCGCACCAUCCGUGACAUCGUUGGACAGGUAUACAGGCCUUCGAGACGGGUCAUUGGAGAAGCACAAGUCGCUUACGUAUUUGAAUGGGCUCUCGCUGAUCGUCGGGCUUAUUAUUGGCUCUGGCAUCUUUUCGUCCCCGAGCCAGGUUAACACCAAUGCUGGGUCACCAGGCGCAGCUCUGAUCGUAUGGGCUGUAGCGGGAUUAUUGGCAUGGACUGGAGCGGCGAGCUAUGCAGAACUCGGGGGAGCGAUUCCUUUGAAUGGAGGGCCACAGGUUUACUUGUCCAAAAUUUUUGGGGAGAUCAUUGGGUUUCUCUUCGCCUGGUGUGCAGUGUUUGUUUUGAAGCCAGGAUCCGCCGCAAUCAUUGCCAUUAUUUUCGGCGAGUAUAUGGUGAGAGCGUUUAUCGGUGCUGAAGUUGAAAGUAUCAGCCCGUGGAUCAAUAAAGGGGUUGGGCUUGUUGGAGUCUUCGCGGUGACUCUUCUGAACUGUGCUUCAACAAAGUUGGGGACUUUUGUCGGUGACAUCUCUAUGUUUUUCAAGUUUAUCGCAUUGAUCGCUGUCACCGUCAUUGGCAUUGUCGUCGCCAUCACCGGCGUGUCGUCCAAGGGCCAAGCAAACCAGGACUGGAAGAAUAUCAGUUGGUUUGAAGGAACAAGCACAGACAUUUCUGGGUGGGCGAUUGCGCUAUAUGCCGGGCUAUGGGCAUUUGAUGGAUGGGAUAACACGAACUAUGUAACCGGUGAAUUCAAGAACCCACGCCGAGACUUGCCCCGUGCCAUCCACACAGCGAUGCCUGUUGUGAUCGUUUGCUACUUGAUGGCCAACGUUGCAUAUAUCUUUGUCCUCCCUAUAUCAACGAUAGCCAAGAGCAACACAGUUGCCGUUCAAUUCGGAUCCAAGGUCUUCGGCCCCGCCGGAGCGCUCAUCUUGGCCUUGGUCGUUUCUGGCAGCUGCUUGGGCGCCCUCAACGCGACAGUCUUCACGAGUGGCCGCCUGGUCUAUGCUGCUGGAAAAGAAGGCUACCUUCCUGCGAUGUUUGGAAACAUAGGCUUCGGAAAGUCCGGCAGUGGCAUCACGGGGGGUCGAUUACAGCGCCGCUCACGACUUCAGCGAACGCUUGUCCGCCUGUUCGGCGACGCCGCAGGAAUUGGAUACACUCCCAUCAAUGCCAUGCUCUUCAACGCCAUCCUCACCUCCGCAUACGUCGCCGUGGGGGAAUUCGGCACUCUUAUCACCUUCUACGGAGUCGCUGGAUAUACAUUCUACUUUCUUACUGUUCUCGGCCUGAUUGUAUUGAGAAUCCGGGAGCCGCAUUUGGAACGGCCGUACAAGACGUGGAUCACGACGCCCAUUAUAUUCUGCUGCGUCAGCCUGUUUCUUCUGAGCAGAGCCAUCAUUGCCGAACCCCUCCAGUCGUUGAUUGUUGUUGCCUUUGUUGCUGCUGGAGUUCCUGCGUAUUUCUGGCGCAUAUACCAGCGAGAUGGCAGUUUGAAUCUGCCAAGCUGGAAAUUCUGGCGCAGACGCUGAGCUGCUGCACCCUCGCAACGCGUCAACACUAUCAAUAAUAUGGAGGAGAGAUUAUACAAUAGUAAUAUUUAAUGGCCACCUAGCAGUUGUUAUUACCUGCGCUUGCUUGCAUUUCUGGGUGCUGGAGGCAGUGACGAUGACGAUAUUGCAUACCCAGCGUGUUGGGUUUAUUUGAGAUUUUGGCGACAGCAUGGACUGGAGACUGGAGCUAGAUGAAAGCUGUGUAUAGUUAGCGUACAACGAUUGAUGCAUACGAAUUAGCCUUCAUAGACUCGGUGAUAAUAAUUUAUUAAAGAU